AGGUAACAUAAUACAUAAAAUGCAUAUACUAUAUUCAGUGGCUUCUUCUCACGUCAAGUGACUCAUACUAAGCCUUCAUAACGCAUUUGAUUACUUCGUGUAGCACAUCGUAUGUUUAAAAUCCCUCACUUAUAGUCAAUUGGCCCCGCCAGUCUUUCUCAAUCGCUCUUAAUCCCUUCUCAUUGCCCACCUGCCGCACAACGCAAACAUGGCCGAGUCCGCAUCCGGCUUACCCUGGACGCCCUCGUCCUGGCGUUCUAAACCUAUCAAGCAGGAGGCCGUGUACCCGGACCCGAACGGCGUGAAGCGCGCCACCGCAGAGCUGAGCCGGCUGCCGCCCGUCGUGCACCCGCAGGAGAUCGACCGGCUGAAGGCCAGUCUGAGGGACGUGGCCCGCGGCAAAGCCUUUCUCUUGCAGGGAGGCGACUGCGCCGAGCUCUUCGACUACUGCCGCGCCGAUGCCAUUGAGUCCAAGAUCAAGCUUCUGCUGCAGAUGAGUUUAGUUCUAGUAUGGGGCGCCAACAAGCGCGUCGUGCGCAUUGGCCGCAUGGCCGGGCAGUACGCGAAGCCGCGCUCCAGUCCCCAUGAGAAGGUCGUCAUCAACGGCGAGACGAAGGAGGUCCCCUCGUUCAGGGGUGAUAUCCUGAACGGUUACCAACUCGAGGAGCGAGACUUGGACCCGCAAAGGCUUGUAAAAGCCUACCACCACUCCGCCGCAACCCUAAACUACGUGCGGUCCGCGCUCGCGGCCGGCAUCGCGGACCUGCACCGGCCGCUGGACUGGACGCUCGGGCACGUGCGGGACCCGCAGCUGAAGGCCAAGUACACCGAGGCCGUGCGCUUCCUGCAGGACAUGCUGCGCUUCAUGCACACCGUCGGCGCCGACCGGAGCCCCAAGCUCGACACCGUCGACCUGUACACGAGCCACGAGGGCCUGCUGCUCGAGUACGAGGAAGCGCUCACGCGCCUCGUCGAGACGCCCGUCGUGCGCCUGGACGACGAGAGCAGCGUCGCUAACGGUAGCAGUGGUGGUGGUGAUGAUGGCGGCGAGUCCAAGACCCGGACGCCCGGAAAACAAUACUACGACACCUCGGCGCACUUCCUCUGGAUCGGGGACCGCACGCGGCAAGUCGACGGCGCGCACGUCGAAUUCUUCCGAGGCAUCGCGAACCCGAUCGGCGUGAAAGUAGGCCCCACAACACCGACAUCAGACCUACUCUCGCUCCUACGCGCCCUAAACCCACAGCGCGAAGUCGGCAAAAUCACGCUGAUAACGCGGUACGGCGCCUCGAAGGUAGCAUCACUCCUACCCUCGCACAUCCGCGCCGUCGAGGGGUCCGAGUACCGCGGGCUAUGCAUCUGGCAAUGCGACCCGAUGCACGGGAACACGCAAUCCACAUCCACGGGCAUCAAGACGCGGCGCUUCGGCGACAUCUUCACCGAGCUGCGGGAGACCCUGCGCGUCCACCGCGAGGAGGGCAGCUACCUGGGCGGCGUGCACCUCGAGCUCACGGGCGACGCCGUGACCGAGUGUCUGGGCGGCAGCGAGGGCCUGGCCGAGGACGACCUGAGCACGAAUUACACGAGCUUCUGCGACCCGCGCCUCAACGAGAAGCAGGCUCUGGAGCUGGCCUUCCUGGUCGCCGACUCGUAUCGUCAGGAGAGGACGGACCUGGUUCACCAUUAGAAGUGGUGGCCUGGAAAGGGGUCGCUGGGAGCUUUUCCCCGGGUGGGAGGAGAGGGCCGGUAAAAAAAGAAUUUAAGAUACGUUCUCUGGGUGAUCAACCACUCGGAGAUAGAUAGAUGAGGAAGGACUCGGGAAAGUAUCGUUCAGACCACCCGCAUACUUGAUAUAGAAUUAUCGCGGGUAAAAUAAAAGCACAAUUCUUUAUAUUGAACUAUUAUUCGCAUACCUAACCUCCCGUAUUGGUUCGAAAAAACUAGAAUUUCUAGUUGAGGGCGUUAGCAUCUGAUACAGUCAAAUUUAAACCCCU